UGUCCAGAAAACAAAAAUUGCCGUCACCAUUUCCGUUACCUAACGCCGUCAGUUCGAAACGGCGCCGAUGUCUCGACCAUUUCCUUAUUCAGAUCCGUCUCUUUAAACAGAUUCCGUUCUCUCUCUCUCUCUCUCAAAGGGAUCAUAGUUUUCAAGCUCUCAAUUUUCUCUGGAUUCAAAUCUUCUCCUUUUAGGUUGGGUUUUUUUUGGUGUUAACAAUGUUGCUGCCCUUGUUCGUAUUCAGCUGUCGUUUGAUUCUGAUUGAUUGAUUGAUGAAGCCUAGUGGAUUUUGUUGUGCUCGGAAUUGAAUCAUGAAGAUUUUUAUGAGAUUUACCAGUGGUUUUGUGGAUUGAUUGGUUUAUGAAUAUACUAUUUGGCUCGUAUUUUUCAUUUGAUUUAUGAAGAUAUCUCUACAGGGAGCUUUUGUUUAUUUUUAGGGUUUUUAAGUUUCAAACAGUGGAAAAUAGGAAACAGUUAGUAGAGCAAGGAAAAAAGAAUGGGGGAAGCUCUUCUUACUACUCUGUCAAUGGAGGCUGAUCACCCGUCUACACUUCUGUCUAUGGAUUCGGGUUCUUUUCUACCAGAUGAAUUGGAGAGAGAGAUGAAUCGAUCUAUGAUGCUUUCUCGGCCACCCGAUAUCAAUCUCCCGUUAUCAUCUGAACCGAGCCCACCUCCAUUGGCAUGGAACGAUCCAUGCGACAUCUUAGAUGUUAGCCUUGCACCCCAGAUUUAUGAGGCGGUUCUCAAUGUCCCAAAAGUAGCUAAGAAGUGUAUGAAGCGUCUUGACAGUGUAUGGGGUGCUUGGUUUUUCUUUACUUUCUACUUCAAGCCUGUUUUAAAUGGGAAGUCAAAAUCUAAGGUAAUCAGAGACAGCAAUGGUUUGUCCAGUUAUGACAAGUCAGACUUGCAGCUAGAUUCGUUCUUGGUUCAGCAUGACAUGGAGAACAUGUAUAUGUGGGUUUUCAAGGAAAGGUCCGAAAAUGCACUUGGUAAGAUGCAGUUGAGGAGUUACAUGAAUGGGCAUUCUCGACAAGGAGAGCCCCCGUUUCCGUUUAGUGUUGGUAAUGGUUUUGUUAGAUCUCAUAGAAUGCAGAGAAAACACUACAGGGGUCUCUCUAAUCCUCAGUGUUUACAUGGGAUUGAAGUUGUGGCGUCACCAAACCUCUCAAAUCUUGAUGAUGAAGAGAAGAGGAGGUGGAGAGACCUUACCGGCAGGGAUAUUAACUUCUCUAUGCCUCCUGAAGCAAGUGAUUUUGCAGCUUGGAGGAAUCUUACCAGCACAGAAUUCGAGCUUGAGCGUCCCCCGGCUCUUUUAAAGGGUAAUUUAAAUUCCCACACUAGAAAGCUGCUUAACAGUACUGGUGUGAACUUAUCAGCUCAGCAGAUAGAACAUAGCAACGGUAAUGGGUUGGAUUUAUCACCUGUCUGUAAUAAACGGAAAAAGGACUAUUUCUGGAACGGAAAUGAUGAGGAUCCGGGUUUACCAAAUAAUUUGUAUUGUAAUGGAGUUUUGGAUAUGAAAAUCCACCCAGUUCAUCUGACAUGGAUGAAUGAAUUUAGUGGGGUAAUGAAGAAUGUAUACGGGCCUGUAACAGCAGCAAAAACAAUAUAUGAAGAUGAUGAGAGCUUUCUGAUCAUUGUCAGCUUGCCAUUUUCUGAUCGUCAAAGGGUGAAAGUUACUUGGAGAAAUACUCCCUCACAUGGAAUUGUAAAGAUAUCGUGUGUGAAUACAGCUUGCAUGCCACUCAUUAAGAGGCAUGAUAGGACAUUUAAGCUAACAGAUCCAGCACCUGAGCACUGCCCUCCGGGGGAAUUCGUCAGAGAAAUUCCCCUUCCAGACCGCAUUCCUGAAAAUGCUAAACUGGAAGCAUACCAUGAUGAGACCGGAACAAUGCUCGAGAUUAUCGUGCCUAAGCAACGUGGAGGACCAGAAGAGCACGAGGUCCGUGUCUGCUUUCGUCCCUCCCCGUGGAGUGAGAGACCAUUCAUGGACCUAGAGGAAUCUAUAUUGUGAUACAGGUAGGGAUGUUAGUGGUUGGUGCUUCAUUGUUUCCUAACCUCAUUCCAUGAGGAAAUCUAUAUGAAUUAUAACUGCAUUUUUUAUAUCAUAUGUUUGUUUUUUGUCAUACUGCGUGUAGUUGAUUCAUCGUAAUUAUUGACAAUUCAUCUUUAUUGACAUAAUCAUUCUUUUACA